UUUUUUAGGUUAUGCGUAACACCUGUAGGCUGUCCGCUGUAGCCUGUAAACUUGCUGUAAACUGUAUAGAGUAUAGACUGUAGUGUAUUGCCUAUUCUCAAUUCUAUAAAGUUUAACAUACGCUACCCGAUAAGUCGUUUUACUCUUUCAGCUUCCUGUUACAAAAUACCCACUAGAGUUAGACACUAAUGAUUGCUUCUGGCUUCUAUUUACAUUUUACCAUGACUAUUUCUGCCGCUGAAACUAAAUAUUUGUCACAAUUUUAAUAUAUAUAGAAAAUCUUUUUAGUUAAUAGCAAUGGCUUCACACCUCAACAUCGUCGGGCUGAGCAACAAGGGUCUAUUUCAGUUAAAUUUUGAAGAACCAUAUGAGGAAAAACAGUUGAGAGAUGGAGCUACACAAAAUAUUAGAAGUGUAGUUGUUAGUCCUAAAGGAAACUACUUAGCAUAUAGAACAGAUAAAAAAGUUGAAAUAAUAAAAUGUAUCGAUUGGACACUAGCAGCUGCCAUAGAUGGGAAUGUCAGAGAUAUGUUUUUCUCCCCCAUGGAUACAUAUUUGACAGUUUGGGAAAUGUUUCUUAUUACAAAAGACCAUCCCCAGGGCCAACCUAAUCUACAUGUAUAUAGUUCGUCAAGUGGAGAAUUAGUUGGAUCCUUUGUGCAGAAAAAUCAGUCUGGUUGGCACCCAAAAUGGUCUUCCGAUGAAAAACUAUUUACAAUACAAAGUAAUAGUAAAAUUUUGAUAUAUGAAGAUGCUAAAUUUGAUCGUUACACACACAAUGUACAAGCUCAAAAUCUUCAAGCAUUCAGUGUAUCACCAAGUGUGGCACCGAAUUAUUAUCUGUCCGUGUUUACUUUAGGAAAAUCGGGACAACCAGCAUUUUGGCGAAUUUUCAAAUUCCCACAAUUCGAUGUCAGCCAUGCUUUAGUCAGCCGAUCCUUGUUUCAGGCUGACAAGGCAACAUUCUAUUGGAACAGACGUGGUACUAAUGUUUUUACAAUGACUCAAACAGAUGUUGAUAAAACAGGCGGGUCUUACUAUGGUAAGCAGGCUUUGUCUUAUGGCGACGUAAAGGGAAACGCGGGCAACAUGACUUUCAGUAAGGAAGGACCAAUUCACGCUAUUGCUUGGAACCCCGGCAAUUGGAACGAAUGGGUUGCCGUAUACGGCCACGCUCCCGCUAAAGCGACGCUGUUCAAUGCGAAAUGUGAUCCGUUGUACGAGUUUGGAACUGGCGCAUGGAAUGCCAUCUACUUCCCGCCCGAAGGAAACAUAGUUCUGUUAGGUGGCUUUGGUAACAUAGCAACAGGACAUAUAUCUGUUUGGGAUGUCCGUGGCUUCAAAAAGUUGGGUGAAUGCUCGGCGCCGGAUACAACUUACUUACAAUGGGAUCCCAGAGGAGAGACUUUUUUGACAGCAACUACAUAUCCUAGACUUACUGUUGGCAAUGGCUAUAAAUUUUGGCACUACACUGGAGUGCUGAUGUACAAACGAUCUUGCGAAGACAAGGAAAACCUCUUGUCGAUAUGUUGGCGACCUGGUACAUACCCGAAGAGUGAACUGUCUAAGUCAGCACCAAAGGGCAUCGCAGAGACAACACCCAAAGCAGUGGGAGCAUACAGACCUCCGGGCGCUAGAAACAAACCAUCAACCUUCACUCUACAUGAACAUGAGAAACCACAUAAGCCAGGACAAAAUUCUGAUGUGACCCCAUCAAAACAAGCGAUAAAGCAGAAGGAGAAACGCGAAGCUCGCAAGGCGCGGAAGGCCGAGGAGAAAGCGGAGAGGGGGGACACCUCCCCCCAGCCACCACCCCCCAACACUACGAACAAAGCGCCAUUUGUGUCCACCGGCGAUCCGGAGAAGGAUAAGAAAAUUAAAAAUCUUAACAAGAAACUGAACGAUAUAGAGAAACUGAAGCAGCAGAAAGCGGCCGGAAAACAGUUGGAGCUCAAUCAACUAGCGAAGAUCGACAAUGAAGCGGCCUUGCUACAAGAGAUCGCGCAGUUGAGGCUAUGAUGCAUUACUUAGAUCAUUUAUACGUCUGGAUAGUCUGUGACAGCUGUGAAAGACAUCGAGAAAUUGAGGUUCACAGUUAAUCUCUAUUUUGAGUAAAGAACGCACACUAACACAAAGUGACUAAUAUAUCGCGAAUAUAAGACAUAGCUUAUCGCACACUAAGGUAAUAAACCUGGCCUGUUUUCAUCGGCUCUAUCUAGACGCAAUAUUAAGUAUCUAAGCAUGCAUUUAUUGCUUUUAAAGUUAAUGGUUUUUGUUGUUCUUCACAUAGACUUACAAUAUACUAGCGUUUAAACUAACAAAGUGUUUGAGAGACAAGAACAUCUCUAAAAGAGAUACAGUAAUAUACACAAAUAAAAUUUGAAAAACAAAAUUUUAUGAACGAUGCGGGACUCGAACCCACGACCUCCGGCGUUCCGUGCCGGUGCUCUAACCAACUGAGCUAACCGUUCGAGUAACGCCUCGCUAUAAAAUCCUGUUUGCUUUGUGCAACCCUCAGGUUCGUGGGUUCGAGUCCCGCAUCGUUCAUAAAAUUUUGUUUUUCAAAUUUUAUUUGUGUAUUACCUAGAAGUGAUAACCAUCACUUUAAAAAUAUAACAUAUUGUACAGUAAUAUAGUAAAGGUAACCUUAUCUAUUCCAUUCUUCCUACUGUGGCUUCUGUGGAAGGUAUACCACAAUCUCAUGUUAAAUAGACCACCACACUUUAGAGUAUUUGUUUAAUAAUUUUAAUGGAAGUGAUCGGUGAUUAAGAUUGAAACAAGUUUUAUAUUGUUAUUUUAUACUUGCAACAAGUAUCCAUGCUGUUACAGUAUAAAGGACAUACGCAAAUAUAAUUACUUAAAUUAUUAAAUAUAUUAUAAACUUAGUUAGUGAUAUUUACAACUUAAUUCACAAAUAGAGUUUAAAGUAGGGAGAGGAGACGUUCAAAGGAAUGAAAACUAAUCUAUUGUGACUGUAACCGAUUUUGAUGGAAAGUCGUACCGUCGUCCACCUUCGCACGACACGCCACAAGUUAGGAUAUCAUCCCCACCAUCUGGAUGUGUGGCGGUCCUCCACAGUGCGGUUUUCAAGGAGCUUUCUUCCUCGUACUACGAAGCUGUGGAAUGAGCGUCCUUGUGCGGUAUUUUCGGGUCGAUACGACAUGGGUACACCUUCCUUAAAGGCCGGCAACGCUCUUGUGAUUCUUCUGGUGUUGCAAGAGAAUGUGGGCGGCGGUGAUCACUUAACACCAGGUGACCCGUACGCUCGUUUGUCCUCCUAUUCCAUAAAUAACAAGUCGUAAACAGUCAGCCACUCUUGAACAUUAGCUCCAUACUAUUUUCAAUAUUAAACGACACAUAGUAAAAUCAAAAUUGGUCACACGUUAUCGGGCUGCCACAUAGUCUAUCCGCUAGUACAUACUUAGUCUAUGGUACUUCAACAUACUUAGAUUGUAAAUAAAUCAAUGGUAGUUCUAUAAGUACAGGGCAUAAUGUGACUCAGUGGCGCAGAAUGCCGAAUUCUAAUAAUGCUUAAUUGGAACGUGAAUUGGUUUUCAAUAUUAAUAAAAAAAAAUGUGUGCGUGUGCAGGUCACACACGGUAGUAGUGAAACUUCUCAAAAUGUCAUAAAUAACAAAUUUAAUCAUUAUUUCAUAGGAUUCACCUACAAUUUAUGAAAAAAUAAUAUUAUGAUUUGUCAAUAUGGUAACAGUAUCUUCGGCAUAAAAUCUAAUAGAGAAUUAAUUGGCUUUUGUCUAGUGACAACGGAUUAUGAUUGGCUUAGAUAAUUUUAUACGUCUAGAUAGAUUGGCAGCUGUGAAAACGUCGAAAAAAAUAGGCGUUGCCAGUUAACCACUAUUUUGAGCAAUGCACGCACACUAACACAAAGUGACAUACAAAUCGUGGUUGUAAUAGCUUGUCACGCACACUAAAGUAAUAAACAUGGCCUGUUUUCAUCUGUUUUUUUCAGUUUUCUAGCAGCAAGUCUAUAGAUGGACCAAUUAAAGGUCCAAACUCAAGCCCACAUGCACACACUCACUCACACACACUCAUUCACACACACUCACUCAUACACAGUUUUCAGACUUGUUUUAAUUGUGCGAUAAUUGUAAAAUUUGUUUUUUAAUCAUUUUUGUUUAUUUCUAUAUUGUUUAUUAAGUAUCCGCUAAGGCUCUUGCGAGAUAUUCCCAAUACAAGUGUCCUAAGACAACUUACUGGGAAGUCUCAAUUAAAAAAAAUGUAUAUGUAAUCUUUGAAAUCAACGAAAUUUAUUUAUUUAAGAGGCUCUAUCUAGACGUAUAAAUUAUGUAAAAUAAUUGGUUUUGUGUUUAGUUUUAAUAUUGUUAUCUAAAAUAAUAUUUUUAAUAUAUAAACAAAAUAUAGAUGACAUGAAAGAAAUUGAUUUAGAAACACAUCUAUGCAUUAUUUUAAGUAAGUAUUAAAUAUAAGUUAAUACUAUAUUUUUAUAUUGUACUUUACGUUGUGAAGCAUAAUUUGUUAAGUAUGUUUUGUGAAAUGACAAAUAUUAUAGUUGUUUUAUUAAAGUUUGAAAACUAUUUCGACCUUGUUUCAAUAAUUAUAUUUAAUAAUAUGCCAGAUCCAUAAAAUAAAUGUGUGUCUGUAUUUAUAACCGCACGCAAGAAGUUAAUAUUCUUUGGCGUAAUAAAACAAAAAUGAAUGAAUGAUAUUAAAAAUUAUUCCUCGUUCAAUUUUAUGUUUGUAGAAAAAUCAAUAUUCUAAUAAGGUAUUACAUACAACUAAUAAAAAUAUUAUUAUACUGUUUAAUUUAAUCAUUUAAGUAGUUUGUAUACAAUUCGAGAGUUUUUUUUUUUUUAAUUUUAAAAAUAGUAUAUAAAUCGAACUUCUCGGCCAGUACGUCUACUUCGGCCAAUCCAAUUAGGUAGGUCCAAGUUCGCGAAAGAGUCACUCUUCGAAUCGAACUCGGAUGGCCAGCGUUCGGAAAGCUCCGUAAAAUCUUCUCGUCCCAAAUACCACUAUGUCUAAAGACGAAGGUUUUCAACCAGUGUGUGUUGUCAGUGAUGACUUAUGGUACGCAGACAUGGUCGCUAACUAUGGGCCUUAUGAGAAAGCUCAUAAGGGCCAGAGGGCUGUGGACGUCUUCCGGCUAAUAGUAUAUAAUUUGAAACUAUAUAUGGAAAUUUGUUUAAAGAUUUUAAAUAAAAAUAUUUGAAUUUA